UAAAAACUACAAUGAAUUGUUAGUUAAAUCGAGUAUUUGUUCGCGGUUGGUUUAGCCCCAAAGCAAAAAUUUUAUAAAAACUCUACAGCUUACAGGAGAAUGGUUCAGUUUUAAUUAGUAACGAGAACGGUGGUGAUUUUAUUUAAAAUUUUUCAUUAAAAUAUUUGACAAAAAAAAAAAAAAAAACAAUUUUAAGGACUUCAAAAUCGCUAAAAUUCUUCCUGGUCUUCCUUAUAAAUUGCAUUGGAAUUGCAAAAAAAAAAAAAAAAUUAAUAUGUAGGUUCAAAACGUUCGCACCUGUGGCUAUAUUAGACUAAAAGGCAAAAUGAAAUCAUACAAGUGCUUGCGGUAAAUUUUAUUGAAAUUUAAUAAAUUUUCUGUCGCUUAUGUACAUCUCGAAAAUGCGCAUUUCUUAUUAAAAACACGUACCGCUACUUUCCCUUCCAAAUUGUUAUUAUUAUCCUUUCGAAUUUUCAAUGAAAUUUAAAGUGAAUUCUGGAAUAUGCAAAACAUUUCUUCUCCAGCCAAAAUUGCGAAGACAUCAACAAGUACAAUCAAUUGGACAGAAUCUCAACCUGCAUCGCCCGAUAGUCAGCUAGACGAUUCACCCCAGCUAUCGAGUCCAAUACAAUCGGAACCCGAGGAGGGAGUAACGAAGACGAAGACUCGAUCGCGUUUUUCAAGCGCAAUACGAAAACUUUCCCGAUCUACACGGAAAAAAGAUAAACCCACCGCAUCAACUAGCGCUGCUGUUGCUACUGCUAUUGCUACUGGUACUGGCGACUCAAAUGAACCGGUAAUAUCGAGCGGUGGCGAAGAUCCCACCGAUCUCGGUCGUUUGCGUUCUGCCGAUAUCAAGACUAAAAAGAAAAGUAAACUUACUAAGAAUAUCUUCUUAGGCGGGCUAAAAAAAUCAAAAAAAACAAACGAAAUCAAAGCGAAAAAAGAAAGUCGAGGGGAAAGUGUUAAAGUUGCCGCGUUAACCCAUGCAUUAGGCAGAGAAGAAGAAAAAGAGGACAAAGAAAGCACUUAUACAAGCGAUUCUACCGGUGAAGCAACUUUUCGCGAUAAACAACAUGAGGUAGUAGUAACGACAGAAAAGUUUGCCCUGUCAGAGCCAACGCGCAAAUUUCAAAUCACUAUUAGUGCCAAGAAAAUCGAAACAACAAAAAGUGCGGAAGUAGGAAAACAACCAACCGAAACGGAUUAUUUAACACCCUUAGAUAAAACAAGUGCGGAUAUUGACACCACAACAGAUUCAUCGUCAACACAGCUAAACACUGUGCAAACCGAUCUAAAUAGUGUAACAAAGAAAAAGAAACUCAAAGCGAAAGGUAGUAGUUGUUGCACUGUCAACAUUUCUCCAGCUCAGACAGUCACUCAAACGCAAAAAACGAACUCAGCAGCACAAAUUAGAAACGGUGUCGAAAAGUUUGUUAUCACUCAAAGUGCAAAAGAUACACCACCGAAAGAGAGAGCACCUUCGAAACCCAGUCGCCUUAUUAACAGCUCAACUAGUCAAGCGGCAGCUGCUAGCGGUGCUAUACGUAAAACAACGACUACAACAAGAGCGGCCGUCAGAUUGGUGGCGGCGGCUAAAGAAAAACAACCCAAGAGCAGCAGUUAUAACACAACGACAACAGCACCGACAGCAAUAGCAGCAACAUCUUCAGCGUUAGUUAAACGUAAAACAACGACAACAUUGGUCUCGGCAGGCAACAGUGUAAGAAGGGAAACCGAUUUAAUGCGUGGCCAUCGAUUCCCAAGACCUACAGUUACAACAAUAACCGCAAUUGAGAAAAGCAAUAAUAACAAUAAAACCAUUAGUGUUGCCAAAGAGCCAUCUAGUGUUACCAAAAGUGAAGAGAAGCAACGUCUAGAAUUUCCUACAUUGGAAACACAGUCAGAGAUUCCACAAACAAUAGAGCAACCACAGCAUCAGCUAGCACUGCCACCAACGUCUUCGGUACAAGAGGAGCAACCGCACUCUUUACAGCCACCCGAUUAUCCCCCUCCUCCGCCGCCACCACCACCUCCCCCCUUUCCAAUCGCAUCUAAUCGUUAUCCAACGCCAGAAACCCGAUCACCCACAACAGCUCAUCGUUACACAUCAUUGAGCACAACAUCGACCGACUUGAACACCGACGCUCUGGAAAAGAAUACAAUCAAAUCAGUCGCCUCAAUACAGAUCAACACUGCAGACGAUCAGUUGUCGUUGGCGGAAAGUUCUCAUCAGCAAAAUAGCGAAGUAUCGAAUGAAUCAAAGAUAUCCUCGGGCAUAGAUUUUGCUCUUGGUAGUCCUGUGAGGCCACCACCACCAAUCGAUGCUAUAAAAUAUUCAUUUGACUUAUUACACGGUCAGCAGUCGUACGAUUUUAAUAGAAGUGAAGAUAGCGACACUCACACACCUAGCGAACAUAUACGACGUCGUAUACACUACGUGUCGCAGCCAACGCUCUAUGACGAUUUUAGUAGCUUGGAAGGAAAACGAGCAAAUUUUCGCUAUCAAUCGGGUGUAAGUGAUUUAUCCUUAGACUCGAUUGAGGAUUUACACGACGACGACGAUCAGCUGAUGCCAGCUUUUGGCGAUUUAACAAUGGAUCAAGAUAUGGAACCGACCAUACAGACACUAACAUCUACCGAAAAGCGUGAGCAUCUUUACAAGAUUCUAGUCAUCGGUGAAUUGGGUACCGGAAAAACUUCAUUCAUUAAACGCUAUGUACAUCAGUUUUUCAGUCAAAAUUAUCGUGCCACAAUUGGUGUUGAUUUCGCCUUAAAAGUUCUGCAUUGGGAUCCUAAUACGAUUGUCCGCUUACAGUUGUGGGAUAUUGCCGGCCAGGAGCGUUUUGGAAAUAUGACGCGUGUAUAUUAUAAAGAAGCCGUUGGUGCCUUUAUUGUAUUCGAUGUAACACGUAGCGGCACAUUUGAUUGCGUUAGUAAAUGGAAAGAAGAUUUAGAUUCAAAGGUACAAUUACCAGACGGAACACCAAUACCAUGCAUAUUGCUGGCCAAUAAGUGCGAUCAAGAGAAACAAGGAAUAGUAACUACGCCCGAUAAAAUGGAAGAUUAUGUUAAAGAGAACGGUUUUGCUGGUUGGUUUGAAACUUCGGCCAAAGAAAAUAUCAACAUUGAUGAGGCAGCUAGAGCAUUAGUUAAUAAGAUUUUGUUAAACGAUAAGCUUAUCAGUGCUGCAGAUUUAGCUGACGGUGACAAAUUUAAUCUCAAUAGUUCCGGAGAUCAAUCUGCACAUGAAGCUAAAAGCAAGUGUUCCUGCUGAUUUUCUAACAGUAAUUUUAAAAUUUAAAAAUGCUUUUAAAAAGAUUAAAAAAAACAAAAAAAAACUUCAUUUAAAAUCAUCCAUUAUUGUUUACAUGUUUCAUUGAAAACGGUUUCUCUUUUGCCAUAACCACCAUCCGCGUUUGCAUUUUACUUAUGUAUAUUCAUAUAUAUGCAUAAAUGAAUUUCAAUCAACGUUAGACGGUUAAAGUAAUAUUCCGAUUUUUUUCAAAUUUUAUAUAUUUUUUUGUUUUUCUUAGAAUUUUAUUAAAUGGAAAGAAAGAAAGAAGGAAAGAAAGUCAGAAUAAUGUUUUUAUAACUCUUUUUACUCCUUACUCCGGAAAUUUUAUUUGUAUAUCGAAAUAUGUUAUCAUAUAUGGUAGAAAGUAUAAAUCACACACAUACAC